GCCCUGCGCUCGGCCCCCGCCGCAGCCGUUUCCCCCCGCGCCAGCUCCGCGGCCCGCCGGGCCCGCGCCCCGUCCACCGCCGGCAGCGGGCCACUCUCGCCGGGAAGCGCCUCCGCUCGCCGCGACCCCCGGCCCAGCCCAGCGAGCCGCCUUUUCUGCGCGGGGGCCUCCCUCCAUCCGCCCGGUCCUCGCCGGGCGCCGACGCGAAGGGAGGCGGAGAAGAACUCCCGGCGGCUGGGCCCGGCGGUCAGGAUGUCAGGUGGGGACUCGGCAGCGGCGGCGGCGACCGCCUCCCCGCAGCCGCUCCCGUUCUCCUUGCCGAAGCCCCCUCCCCUCAUGCAGCUGACGCCGGGGGACGCUGUCCGCCCUGUCGCCUCCGCCGCCGACCAAUCGCCGAAGGGCACCCGGCUGGCGGGCCGCCCGGAUUGGCCGGCCGGGAAGCCAGUCAGCCUGCUGGCCCCGCUGCUCCCGCCCCGCGCGGAGCCCGAGCCGCUCAUGCCCUUUGGCCCCUCGUCGCGGCAGCCACUCAGAGGGCGGCUUCUUGGCAGGUGCAGCGGGGGCAGCCUCCUGAGCCCCUCGAUGCGGCCCGGCGGCGUCGACCGCGGCUCCCUCAUGAUGGGACACCCAGGCAUGCCACAUUAUCCUCCCAUGGGAAUGCACCCUAUGGGUCAGAGACCACCAAACAUGCCACCAGUUCCACAUGGUAUGAUGCCUCAGAUGAUGCCCCCCAUGGGAGGACCGCCAAUGGGGCAGAUGCCUGGAAUGAUGCAGUCAGUAAUGCCUGGAAUGAUGAUGUCUCACAUGUCUCAAGCUGCUAUGCAGCCUACAGUUCCGCCAGGGGUGAACAGUAUGGAUGCGCAAGUAGGCGUAACGCCUCCUGGAACUCAGACAACGCAUCCCGUAGUUUGUGCAGCCCAGCAAACUGCCACCACCAACAGUUCUGUUAACGAAGAGCACUCCAAACAGAAAUCUACAUGGACAGAACACAAAUCACCUGAUGGAAGAACGUACUACUAUAAUACUGAAACAAAGCAGUCUACAUGGGAGAAGCCAGAUGAUCUCAAAACACCGGCUGAGCAAUUGUUGUCUAAGUGCCCCUGGAAAGAGUAUAAAUCUGACUCUGGAAAGCCCUACUAUUACAAUUCCCAAACAAAGGAAUCACGCUGGGCAAAACCCAAAGAGCUUGAGGAUCUUGAAGCAAUGAUUAAAGCUGAAGAAAACAGCACAAAGCCCGAAGACUCAACUCCAACAACAUCUGCUCCAGCCGCAGCAGCAGAAGCAGCAAGUGCAGCCACCACAGCCACAACUGCUGGAGAGACUGCCGGCGCUGUCACUACCACCACUGCGGCUUCAGCAGCAGCAGCGCCCGAAGCAGAAUCUGCUGCAGCUGCUUCUGGGGAAAACGAGAGUACUGGCACGGCUGCAGCUGAGGAACAGGGACAAGCGACUUCUGCAUCUGCUGCGCAGGAACAGAGUGGAGAAACUGCAGCUAACGCAGCAGACGACUCUUCCAAGCAGGAGGCUUCGGCAGAUGCUGCGUCAAAGAAAGAGGAUGAUGAUGCCCAACCAGUUAAAAAAACCUAUACGUGGAAUACAAAGGAAGAAGCAAAGCAAGCAUUUAAAGAACUGUUAAAAGAAAAGCGAGUACCGUCCAAUGCUUCUUGGGAACAAGCUAUGAAAAUGAUCAUUAAUGAUCCUAGAUACAGUGCUUUGGCGAAAUUAAGUGAAAAAAAGCAAGCUUUUAAUGCUUACAAAGUUCAAACAGAAAAAGAAGAGAAAGAAGAAGCAAGAUCAAAAUACAAAGAAGCUAAAGAAUCAUUCCAGCGUUUUCUUGAAAACCAUGAAAAGAUGACAUCCACAACAAGAUACAAAAAAGCUGAACAAAUGUUUGGGGAGAUGGAAGUCUGGAAUGCCAUAUCUGAGCGUGAUCGUCUCGAAAUUUAUGAAGAUGUCUUGUUUUUUCUGUCUAAGAAAGAGAAGGAACAAGCCAAACAGUUACGGAAGAGGAAUUGGGAAGCUUUGAAGAACAUACUAGAUAACAUGGCUAAUGUCACUUACUGUACUACGUGGUCGGAGGCUCAGCAGUAUCUGAUGGACAAUCCUACAUUUGCAGAAGACGAGGAACUUCAGAACAUGGAUAAGGAGGAUGCACUGAUCUGUUUCGAGGAACAUAUUAGGGCACUGGAAAAAGAGGAGGAAGAAGAAAAACAGAAAAGUUUGCUGAGAGAAAGAAGGCGGCAGCGUAAAAAUAGAGAAUCUUUUCAGCUCUUCUUAGAUGAACUGCACGAGCAUGGACAGUUGCAUUCAAUGUCCUCCUGGAUGGAGUUGUACCCAACCAUAAGCUCUGACAUCAGAUUCACUAACAUGCUUGGUCAGCCUGGAUCAACAGCACUUGAUCUUUUCAAGUUCUAUGUUGAAGACUUGAAAGCACGUUACCACGAUGAAAAGAAGAUAAUAAAAGAUAUCCUAAAGGAUAAAGGAUUUGUGGUUGAAGUGAAUACUUCUUUUGAAGAUUUUGUUACGGUCAUCAGUUCAACUAAAAGAGCUACUACUUUAGAUGCGGGAAAUAUCAAGCUGGCUUUCAACAGUCUGCUAGAAAAGGCAGAAGCCCGUGAAAGAGAACGGGAAAAAGAAGAAGCUCGCAAAAUGAAGCGGAAAGAGUCUGCCUUCAAGAGUAUGUUGAAGCAAGCUACUCCUCCAAUUGAACUGGACGCUGUCUGGGAAGAUAUCAGAGAUAGAUUUGUGAAGGAACCAGCAUUUGAAGACAUCACUCUGGAGUCCGAAAGAAAAAGAAUAUUUAAAGAUUUCAUGCAUGUACUAGAGCACGAGUGCCAGCAUCAUCAUUCGAAGAACAAGAAACAUUCUAAAAAGUCUAAAAAACAUCACAGGAAGCGAUCACGUUCUCGUUCGGGCUCCGAGUCGGAGGAUGAUGACAGCCAUUCAAAGAAGAAAAGGCAGCGUUCAGAAUCUCGAUCAGUUUCUGAGCGUUCUUCCAGUGCAGAAUCCGAGAGAAGUUACAAGAAGUCAAAAAAACACAAGAAAAAGAGCAAGAAGAGAAGACAUAAGUCUGAUUCACCAGAAUCGGAUAUUGAACGAGAAAAAGACAAAAAAGAAAGAGAGCGAGAGAGCGAAAAGGAUAGAGCUAGACAAAGAUCUGAAUCGAAACAUAAAUCUCCUACUAAAAAACGACCUGGAAAAGAUUCUGGGAACUGGGACACUUCUGGGAGCGAGCUGAGUGAAGGGGAGUUGGAAAAACAGAGGAGGACUCUUUUGGAACAACUGGAUGAAGAUCAAUGAGAACAUUAUUUAUACCAAAUAUGUUUACAUUGUGGCAUAAUAAAAGAAACCAAUGUCUAAUUCAGGACGUGGGUUCUGAUAUCCUGAGUUCCAUUGUUGAAAUAACAGUGGCUUUUAAUUUUACCACAUAAAUACAUUCUCAAGUACUAUUAUUACGGGCCUGGCAUCAAAUCUAGAAACCCGAAUGAAAUUCUGAGCGCAAAGCUGCCCGUGCUGGGCCUGCCCGGCAGGACGGGUGCCCUCCGAAGGCAGCACGGGCGCCUCUGUGCCCGCUGGAUUUGUCUGCAGCCCCCGGGAGGCCUUGGCACCUUUCUAGCAAAGCAUCCCUUCAGUACGGUCCUUCCUAGAAAGGCAUUAGCGCGGGCUUUCCCGGCCACUGAGGCAGAUAACAUUUCAUUUUUUAGAGAGAUUCUUAAUAUAGUUCCUUGUGGUUUAAUUUGUUUUAUGGAUUUAUUUUUAUUUUGGAAAGGGGAAGGCAAAGGAAGGGGAGUAAUGAAUCCCUUGCUUGAUCUGUACUGCAAAAAAAUAGCAAAUAUUGGAAUUGCUCUUCUGUGAACUGCGCCACUGGCCAAACCAAUGUUGAGCUUUUGUACAAACCAGGAGAUUUGAUUCCUGGCUGAGAUUUGUAUCUAAGAACGGUCUCGGAGGGAAUUAUUACGGCAAAUUUUCAAAGCCCUGGAAACGCGGUUGCUGGGAAUGGGACCGGCCCCUGGUUGCGGUGCCGGCAGAGGCUGCGUUCCCCUGAACGCCCAGCCGGGCCAGCCACGGGCGCCAUUCACAGUGAGAAAAUUUAAAAAUAAAAAUCCACUUGUAACUGCAUUUCGAUGUAUUGCCUUAAGGCCCUGCUGAAGAACGUCCCCCCAGGUUUCACGAGGAGCCGUGUCUGCAACAGGGGCGUUGGCCCGACCCUUACCCCGGGAGAAGGAAGAAGCCGAUGCCCUGUCUCUCUCCUUUUUGGUAGCCUCUGGCCAGUGGGGGAAGGUUCUGCCGGCCCCGCCGUGAGCCGCCUGCGCAAACCUCGCUGAUGGGAAUAUUUUUGUACAUUUUUAUCAAUUAUUAAACCUUGUCUUCUAGUG